AUGGAGAAUGAGAAAUCUCUGUCCAAUUUCCAAGACAUGUCGUUGUCUGACAAGGCUAUUUUGAAAAAAAUCAAUCAAAGUUGCAUGACAGAAGACCUACUUUUUGACGUAGAAAAAGAAAGGAAUGAUCACAAUCUACUGUUUCUUACGCUUAAUGAAGAGCAUAAACAAGUUUACAAUGCAGUUCUAAAAUCUGUCGAAGAGAAAUCAGGGAGACUAUUUUUUGUACAAGGACCAGGAGGUACAUGGAAAACUUAUGUAUACAAGGCAAUAAUAGCAAAGCUCCGGUCGAUCAGCAAAGUGGUAAUCCCAGUUGCAUCAGCAGGGAUAGCAGCUCUCCUCCUACCUGGGGGAAGAGCGGCACACUCUAUAUUUAAGAUACCAAUAACCGUCAAUGAAGGGUCUACAUGUGAAAUAAAGCCAGGAACGAUGCUAGGUACCUUAAUUGCAAAGGCUGACUUAAUAAUUUGGGAUGAGGCACCAAUGGCACAUCGACAGGCGUUUGAGGCUGUAGAUCGAACAAUCAGAGACCUGAUGGCAUUAGAAGAUGAAUCAGCAAUUAACAAACCAUGUGGAGGGAAAACUGUUUUACUUGGCGGAGACUUCAGACAGAUAUUACCUGUGGUUCCCCAAGGAAGUCGCCAGGACACUGUCCAAGCCGCUAUUAAUCGCUCUCAUCUAUGGACUGCCUGCAAAAUUUUCAAUUUGUCAAAAAACAUGAGGCUUAAAAAAUCAGACGCAGAUUUUGCAGCAUGGAUUUUAAAUGUGGGAGAUGGGAACUCAAAGUCAGCAAGCACUACACCAGAAGAGCAAGGAGGAUGUUCCAGAAUAGCGAUAGAGAAAGCUUUAAUGCUACCAAAUACAGGGAACAAUCUAGAGGAGGUUACAAAAGCUGCAUAUCCAAGGUUCUCUCAGUCCUUCAAGGAACGAGAUUACUUAACCGAAAGGGCUAUCCUGACUCCUCGAAAUGAGACUUUAUUGGAGUUAAAUGAUUAUCAGCUAUCAAAAGUGGAAGGUGAAAUUAAAGAAUAUCUAAGCUCAGAUUCAAUUCAAACAGAGCUUGCCCCAACUGGGGACUGGAAUAACUUAUACACAGUCGAAUAUUUGAACUCCCUAGAGUUUUCAUGCCUACCAAACCAUCGAUUACGAUUGAAAGAGGGUGUACCAGUAAUGCUCCUGCGGAAUUUAAACCAGAAAAAAGGAUUAUGCAAUGGUACGCGGCUAAUCAUAACUAGACUUGGUGAAAGGAUAAUAGAAGUCCUCAUCCCAAGGAUUGUUUUGUCCCCUAAUGACACCAAGCAUCCUUUCACCCUACGAAGAAAGCAAUUCGCAAUUAGAGUGUGCUACGCUAUGACGAUUAACAAGAGUCAAGGCCAAAGUUUGAAACAAGUUGCUCUUUAUUUACCACAAUCAGUGUUCACGCACGGACAAUUGUAUGUGGCUCUAUCCCGUGUCACUUCAAAUUCAGGAUUGAAAAUCCUAGAUGCAACGUCAGAGAAGAAUGGUCCUGGAGGUGUCAUGAAUAUAGUCUAUAAAGAAGUCUUCAAUAACAUAAACACUUAA